AUGAGCGAACAAGAUCCGACAAUCACUACCAACGAAAAUUCAUCAACAAGCACGGAAAAAGGAGACAUUCGUGUAUUAUUAGUUUAUCUCUUUUUGUUUUAUUUAUCAUUCGGAAUUAUCAACCCUGUCAAUGUAGAAUUAUUUGAGAAAAUUAAUUCAGCAAUUAUUGAUCCUAUAAAUCCAACUCAUCAAAAAGCCACCACCAAACACUCAACUUCUCUUUAUGGAUUUCUUUUUGCUCUUCCUGGUGUAAUUUUCUUCUUUGUGAGCCCAAUUACUGGAAAUUUGAGUGAUCGAUUCGGAAGAAAGCGUUUUCUAACGUUGUUUGCGGCAUUAUAUGCAACUAUAUAUGGAAUUUAUUUCGUUUUGUGUCGAUUUGUAACAACAACCAGCCAUUCAUCCAAUUUUGAAAUUGUGAUACGAAAUAAUGCAUUGUACUUGUACAUAUUUGCCAAAAUAUUGCAAGGAUUUUGUUUAGAUGUUAUUCCAAUGGUUAACUCUUAUAUUGCAGAUCAUGCAGACAAGAAAGAUUUAACUUUCUAUUUUUCAUAUGUUUUGGCCAUCAUGGGAUUAUCAACAGCAAUUGGACCUGUCAUGUCUGGAACAAUUUAUAAGCAAUUUGGUUUGAAUUAUGUAUUUGGUACAAUAUUUUGCAUUUCAAUUUUCACAACUUGGUUUAUAUUGUUCUUUUUGAAAGAGAAUGAAAAAGGAAAUAUGUCUCAAAACAUAACGGAUACAUCGAAAAAAGAUUCCAAACCAUUCUUAUCUGAGAUUGGUGCACCUUUUAAAUCAUUAUUUAUGAUUGUGACACAAGCAGACGCCAUUCUAAAAUCGUUGAUUAUAUCCAAAUUUAUCAGUGCUUUCAUAUCUGUAGGAUUUUUCUGUAUCAUUACUCAAUUCACUCGCUUGAAAUUUGAAUAUGGACCUCAAGAAAAUGGCUUUUUACUUACUUUGGUUGGAAUUACUGCCGUUCUUUCAAAUUCAAUCCUUGCCAAGCCUAUCGCAUAUUUGAGUGGAAGCGAGUCCAACAAUCUCAUAAUAGCUGGAAUCGCUAAUGGACUCUUAUUCUUGUCAUGCGUAUUGAUUCGAAAUGGAGAUUACUUUUACUAUGGUAUGAGCUUCUUUUUAAUUGGAGCUAAAGAGGAUCCAUUACGGUCGUCAAUGAUUUCAAAAGUAUUCGAUCCUAAUCAACAAGGUAUUUUGAACGGAUGUCUUGGAUCCAUCACAACGCUAGGAAGAAUUCUUGCACCAGUUAUUUUCUCGUUUUUAUUGGAUGUUUUCACAACAAGCAAUUCAUUGCCAAAUAUUGUUGAUGCUCCUUUCAUUGCAAUGACUGUGGCACAAUUUGUUGGUGUUGCUUUCAUAUUUAGAGCGAAGCUGUUGAUGAACGAGAACAAAACCGAAUAA